GAGUGGACUGACUGUAAUUGCAUGUUUUUGUGGUGUGCUGAAAAUCAUCUGGAAGAAACAUCGGAUCGCUAGCAUGGUGCUCUUAUUGAGCCCAAUAUUUGUCCGGUCAUUAUCUGAGGUGUCACCAGGAGUAUGGGAUCCGAUGCGUCGUGCCGUAUCACUAUGGGGUCCGUUAUUUGCAAUCCUAUUGCUAGCUCCCUCUAUAUUAAAAGGCCACUCAACGAUUGAAUGGGCAGUGUUCUUAGUACUACUUGCGGCAGUGCUCGUAGCAUCAAUAGGCAAUCGGUGCUUCAGAAUAAUCAGUAAACAAGAAUUUUGGCGUCAAGUUAUUAUAAACAUGUGGAUGAUUGCUGCUCUAGGGAUGCUGGUGUACAUGUUUGAUGUACAUGAACAUGAACCAUCAACGAUGAUCAUAAUUGAAGUAUGUGCACUAGUGAUCGUAUCAUUUGGCAACUUACAGAUUCCAGCAGCAGUUGUGCGGGUCAUUCUAGCAUUAAGUGGGCUUAUACUACUACAACAUGGUGGAAGUGAGCCUGCAUACGAUGAACUCUUGGAUGGCCAAAAAAACAUUGGAGCAACUCUAAAACUCUUCUAUGGGAUGGUGCUUGUACAAGGAAUACUCUAUGCCGUGGCCUGCAUGUUUGAGUUCUUUUCUUUCAUCCCUCGAAGAUCCCUCAUCCGCGGUGGUGGAUUUAAAGGUCAGUGGGGAAUGAAAUCUGUCAAUAUGUAUUACGCAUAUGCGUCAGAGAAAUGCAUGCAAGGGGGUGUGCUUGCUCCAAAGAAGAUCAACCUCAGCACCUUUGCCAUGGAUUCUGUGAACUCGGAUUCGUCCAAGAAUCAGCUCGCCGGGAUACGAAUGAUGCACAACUUUCUGCAAAGUCAACCAACCAAGGCACAACUCCUUUCAAAACUCGCCACUUCUACCAAGACGAUGGCCAGAAUAAUCAGAAUGUUGGAUUGGACAAGUCCAAAGGAUACAGCUAUCAGAUUAUAUGCCGCAAAGGUCACUGCAGAGCUUGCAAAGAACCUCCGUGCAGGCACUAUCCCUGGUACAAUGCAGCUUGUAUCUGCACUUCUUGACGCUGAUCGCAGACUGGAAAGAGGAAACCCACUCCUAGACACUGAUGAUGAACACGAACGAAGACAAGAUCCAGUUCUGAAUACAGAAGAUAGCAGAGAGGUGGCUGAUAACCAAUUCCAAACACAAGGUCAACUUCGGGACACUGAUAUCCUGCUGGAAACAGAAAGCAGAUCAACCCAAGAAGUUGGCAUGAACAAACAGAACUCGUGCGUGCUCAGAUGCUGGCAGCAUAUUUCAGAAUUCUGGUCAAUACCCAAGGAACAGCUGCGGACAGACCACGAUCUUCUACCGGCACUGGCCAUGUCAAUUAUUGAAAGUCUUGCUGGUGUUGACCAGGACAACUGUGUGGAGAUCAGCAAAGCAGCUGACCUCGUCCCGAAGAUCAUAAGAUUCACAAUCUGCAGAAGUGACACGAUGAAUACCAAGGCACAACAAGAGAUCCUGCUCAAAUCAUCACUGAAGGUGCUGCAAAGGCUCACAAGCAUUGGCGGGGAAACCGGCAUCACACUGCGGUACAAGAUAUCAAAACACCCCUUCCUAUUGAGUAACCUCUCAGGUAUCCUUGGAGACGACAAGAGCAGCCAGAUAUCGAGAAAGUUGGUGGCGGGAAUCCUCAGAAACAUUGCCGUUGAUGAGAAAACAAGGCAGGAAAUUGGUCGCUUCCAAAUGAUCAUCACCAAGCUGAUGCAGGCAUUUCUCUACUCAGAAGGAACCAUGAGUACCAAUGAUGAUCACCUGUCACGGAAGGUCGCCGGGCAAGCAUUGGCAAUGCUGACAAUACAAAGUGCUCAAAACUGCUUGGUUAUAUUGAAGGAGCCAUGGUUCAUGAAGGAACUCAAAAUCUUGAUCCAUGAUAAAAGGUACAUAUAUGUGGCGGCAAGCCUGCUGCGUAAUCUGUGCCUGCAUGCUAGAUCCGAGCUCAGAGAGUCAGACCUGAAGGAACUAUCUCAUACCUUGAGAGAGGUGUUGGAAAGAAUACUGGACGCGGAUGGGGCAGAACUAGAGAUCCUGAUUGGGCUUAGUUCACAGAUAUGUAAAGUUAUUCCUGAAGACUUUACCCGAGAACUAGACGCUGGUCAGAUUAAGCAGAGAUUUGCCAAGAGGCUUGUCGACACACUAAAAGCAAACAUGAAACCUAGUGCUCAUUGUCCUGGGAUCAGGAGAGCGGUACUCGAGCAAGUCAUACACUUGAUGGAGUAUAAUUCUCGCUAUGCAGAUUGCUUCAACGCAUUCGGGAUGACAGAUGCACUGUCAAUGGUAGAACAAACACCGUCAAAGGCUGAAAACUACAGGCUUUUCUUGGGCGAUGAAGGAUUCAUGGAGUACAGCAUGCCUCUCUCCGAUCUUGUGGCCAGGGCAAAAGAACUUAUGGGCUGUGACUGACUACGAGGCACUAAUAGAUGGUAGUAGGACUUCUACUUUCCUUUCUACAAUGAAUGAAGAAUUGUUGCAGUGAGAAUAA